CUAAUUUAUAACAUUUGAAACAGUUUGCAGCUUGCAAUGGAUCAGUGGAAAGGCAAGAUUGCUAUAGUGACAGGGGCCAGUUCAGGUAUAGGGGCUGCUAUAGCUCAGGCUCUGGUCCAUCAUGGGAUGGUCGUGGUGGGGCUGGCUAGGAGGCAGGAGAAUAUACAGCAACUGUCAAAGGAACUUUCAAAAGAACCGGGGAAGCUGUAUGCAUUGAAAGCUGAUGUGAGAAAAGAAGAAGAUAUUCUUGCUGCUUUCGAGUGGGUAGAGAAGGAGUUGGGUGGAGCUGACGUGCUGGUCAACAAUGCUGGGCUAGCCAGAUUAAAUUAUAUAAAAGACGGGAAGACAGAGGACUGGCGGAACAUGUGGGAAGUGAAUGUACUCGCUGUCACCAUAUGUACCAGAGAGUACCUCAAGUCCAUGGAAAAGCGUAACAAUCAGAACGGUCAUAUUUUUAUAAUCAACAGUGUCCUAGGCCAUAUAACAGAAUUUAACACAGCUAAUAUGUACAUCGGCACCAAACACGCGGUGAAAGCCAUCUCUCAGUGUUUGAGAAGGGAACUGGCAGAGAAGAACAGUACUAUCAAGGUCACCAGCAUCAGCCCAGCCAUGACUAGAACAGAGGCCACAGCGCCGUACAUGUAUCGGCUUGAGGGGUCUCAAGCAAUCCUUGAACCUACCGAUGUAGCUGGGGCACUCAUAGGUGCUCUCUCAACAUCGCCUGCUGCUCAGGUUUGCGAAGUGAUAAUCACACCAAUCCCCAACAAAACUGUUUAUUAAGAAGACUAAUAAGACAUUUUUUAUCCUUAAGUGUCGCUACAAGUCCACCAAGUGUAUAAUAAAUCUAUGUAUAAACAAUCA